AUGACGCUCGGUGAAAGCAGUCACCGAUGGUCCAGGGGUGGUGGUGUUAUCGGUAAAGUAUUGAAGGGCAUAUUUGGCAGAAAGCCGUCGAAGAAAAGUCGGAAGGCGUCCCGCAAGCGAUCGAAGGAUACACGUUCGAAAGAGUCGGAUGAUAGUUUGUCGUCUGACUCAGUUGAAAGGCUGACGAAACAGACUGAGAAAUUGAUCGCUGCCAUCCAUGACCAAGUUCUGCCUCUUCUCGAAACGGAGUCGGAGGACUCUCCCGACAUCAUCAGUAAGAACCGCGUCUUGUUCGCACUCAACCGCGCAGCACAGAGAGCCCUGAAACGAAGGGACGUCUUCGGAGAUCUUGAACAGCUGAGAGCAGAAGAGAACGAGGCUGAUAGGGUCGUGGCCGAUUUCCUCGAGAAAGAGACAGGUAGAGAUUCAACCAGGAUUCAAUCGUCUUCCAUUGCUUCGAAGUGUGCCUCCUGCGGAGCGCCGUGCCAAAAAUGUGUGGGUUCCGGAAACUACUUCCGAAUCAUCGAGAUAUGCGCUACUCGCUGUACUCGAGGAAGCUCAGCGUCCCGAGACGGGGAACCACGCAGCUCGGUCUCAUGGGGUAUUUCUGAGGUCAUGGACUUCGAAAUGAGCAAUGACGAGAACUCCGCUGCGGGCUUCUAUCCUGAUCCCGACUCGGACUCGGACGAAGACAGUGAUAAGGAUGCUCCUCGAAGACACCCGGAAACCUCGGGUUCCAUGGAGGAUACGAAGACUGCGACUCACAAUCAGGUCAAUCUCAGAAAGAACCAAUGA